AUGUCCGCUACUACUAGGAAUAUCCGUCACCAAACACUGGAACAACAAAAACAACUGUUGGAAAUGAAAAUGAGGCAGGUCAGACAAACUCCGCAGAUCAUAAAAGCAUCAGACAAUGUCAUGCCAAGUGCAAGAAUACGGCCGAAAUCUGCUAGGCCACUGGAGAUGAAUUGUUACGAUGGUCCAUUAACAUAUGCAAUGAUGAAUUGCAGUCCAGACUCCAGUGAUAUAUUAGGUGUAUCAAGACAUUCUAUUAAUCAUGAUGUUAUUGAAGAUAUGAGAAAAGAAGUAGCUGAAAUGACUGUUGACGAACGUAGGAUAUCUGUAGACACUGAAGAUGAAGAAUCUUGUUCCAUUUCUCCAGUUAAAACUUUAAGUUCAAUACACAUAAAAGAAAACAGCCCAUUUAUUUAUCCUUCUUCAACAAUUACUGAUACUAAUGAAUUGGAAGGAGAUGUAUAUGGAAAUUUAGAAACAUUUGUCCUGGAACCGGCUGCCCAAGGUGUUCAUUUUAAGUGUCGUAUAACUAGAGAUAAAAAAGGCAUGGAUCGAGGGUUAUAUCCUACUUACUAUUUACAUUUAGACAAAGGAAAUGGAUCAAAAAUUUUUUUAUUGGCUGCUCGUAAACGUAAAAAAAGUAGAACAUCAAAUUAUCUAAUAUCAACAGAUCCAACUGAUUUGUCUAGAGGAGGUGAUUCUUUUGUUGGCAAACUUAGAUCAAAUUUAAUUGGUACUCAAUUCACUGUCUAUGAUAAUGGUACGUCACCAUAUAAGUCGUCUAUAGAAGGAGUCCAAGAAAGACAAGAAUUAGCAGCUGUAGUAUAUGAAACAAAUGUGCUAGGAUUCAAGGGACCGCGUAAGAUGACUGUCAUAAUACCAGGCAUGAAUAAAAAUCACCAACGAGUUAAAGUCGCCACAACUGAUAACUAUAGUUCAUUAUUAGAAUGUUAUCGAACAAAAAAUAUGGACGACCUGAUAGAAUUACAUAACAAAACACCACAGUGGAAUGAAGAAACCCAAUCGUAUGUUCUUAAUUUUCAUGGACGAGUCACACAAGCUUCAGUUAAAAACUUUCAAAUUGUUCACGAUAAUGAUGUUGAUUACAUUGUCCUGCAAUUUGGUCGGAUUUCAGAUGAUCUCUUUACAAUGGAUUACAGAUAUCCAUUGUGUGCAAUGCAAGCAUUUGCUAUCACUCUUAGUAGUUUUGAUAGCAAAUUAGCUUGUGAGUAG